UUUGUGAUUGCAUUUCCAAUUGCACUACAUGUGUUGAAUGGAGUCCGAUUCAUAGGAUUUGAUAUUGCGAAGGGAAUGAAAGACAUCAACCAGGCUAGUAGUAUGAGCGAAACAGAACGAAUUGAAGUUCCAUCAGCUCCUGAGGCACCGGAUUUUGAAGAUCCGCGCCUCGAAGUGGAGGGAUUUGUAGUUGAUUAUAUAGCUUGGCGAAUCAAAAGGGACAAACAUGAGUGGUACGAACAACCGGCGUUGCCGUUCGGCACGCAGCCUGAGCAUGAGAUGAUGAGUCAAAAAGUUACAGAAGAUAGUCUCCAAUUUUUGGAUAACAUAGAUAUCAACUUAUUUUCUGCCAUACUAUUGUACGUAUUUGAAUUUUUUCUGUUUCGCUAUUCAGUGUUGCUCUUUAGAAAAGUUGCUUACAUCUUUGAACGCCGCCAUCGCAGUGAGUUGCAUGCAUUUGCGGACGAACUGUUAGAAGAUGAGAAUUUAUCGUUUACUCGAUACUGUGAGAUAGUUGAUGAGUUUGGAAGGACUGCGGAUGAAAUGGAAAAUGGAAUGUCAUAUGGAAGAUUGGUGGGAUUAAUAUCGUUUGGAGGAUUGGUGGCAGCUCGCUUGUACGCGCGUAAUUUACGUCGCGAAGUCCAGCAACUUGCGCUUUAUACUGCAAAAUUCAUCGCAAAACGGAUACGACUGACAUGGGUCGAGGAUGAGAGGAGCUGGGUAAGUACGAAGAAUUGAAU